AUGGCGGCAAGGCGGAGGAGGGCUGUGGUGUUCUUUGGGGGUGGGUUGCGGCUCCGAUUGCUGCGUUGGUGGUCGGGGCGGAGGGCGGUGGCUGCCUACUCCUCGGUUUCUUUUUCCCCUGGUGUUUGGGAAGAAGAGCCGGCCGUUGCGCCGGGCCUGGCCGUGGUGUGGCUCGGUCGUGAUUGGCAUUUUCUGGUGUUGAAACUCGGGCCGUGGUCCGGCCGGUUGGAGGUUGAUCGUGGUGUUGCCGUUGGGUUUCGGCCGGGUAAUUAUCCCGUAUGGGAUCUAGAUUCUCCUGUUGGGAGCAAUCGCGGGUUUCCGAUGACUCGUCACGGUGGAUAUGAUGAUCGGAGGAGAUCGCCGCCAUAUGAUUCUUCGAACGAUCGGAGCUCCCGUCACCAUCAUCAGCAUAAAAUUCGCAACUCGGAUGACAAGGAAUUCAGGAAUAAAGAGAGGAAUGGAGAUUUUGAGAAACAUCAACAUCAAAAGCAAGAUGAACGGGCGAUUACAAGAAAACGUGAGAGAAGAUGCAGUGAUGAGGAUUAUGGAAGUAGAGGAGAUCGUGAAUCUAGCAGGUGUCACAAGCAUGGUAAAAAUAGAGAAAGCCACCAUAGACGGAGGUCACCGAGCCGAUCGGAUGAUAAACCCAUUAGCAAGCGAACAAGUGGUUUUACAAGUGGUUUUGAUGUGGCGCCACCUGUUACUACUGUUAUGACAAAUCCAUCAGAACAAUUAAAUGGAGCUUCCGUGGCUUCUCAAUCAGUCUCUGGAGUGCUGCCAAACAUGCUUGCUUCUCAGACAACUCAGGUUAACAUGUUAGGUUCUGUUUCAACAUUGCCAGUUCAAGUAAUUCAGCAGGCAACGAGGUUUGCGCGUAAAGUGUAUGUUGGUGGCCUCCCUCCUCUGGCUAAUGAGCAGACAGUCUCCAGGUUUUUCAGCCAUGUUAUGAACGCUAUUGGUGGAAACUCAGCUGGUCCAGGUGAUGCUGUCGUGAAUGUCUACAUUAAUCAUGAAAAGAAAUUUGCAUUUGUGGAGAUGAGAACCGUAGAAGAGGCAAGCAACGCUAUGGCGCUUGAUGGAAUUGCUUUUGAGGGAGUUUCGGUGCGAGUCAAAAGGCCUACAGACUACAGUCCUACCCAGGCCGCAUGCCUUGGUCCUAGCCAACCGGGUCCAUAUCUGAAUUUAGCUGCUGCUGGACUGACACCUGGAAUGUCUACUGAAGCUGAUGGAGCUGAUCGUAUUUUUCUUGGUGGGGUGCCCUACUAUUUUUCUGAAGCUCAGAUAAAAGAAUUGUUGGAACAUUUUGGACCUUUGCGAGGACUUGACCUUGUUAAAGAUAGAGAUACUGGAAACUCCAAAGGAUAUGGAUUCUGCAUCUACAAGGAUCCGUCAGUCACAGAUAUUGCGUGUGCGGCUCUAAAUGGCUUAAAAGUAGGUGAUAAGACGCUUACUGUUCGGCGUGCCACCAUCAGUGGACAGUUAAGACCGGAGCAGACUGAUACACUGGUGCAGAAAAUUUCUCUGGGAGUUGGAUCAAUGAAUAACCCUCUACACAUAGUCGAUCCCAUAGUUACAAUGGAAGUUGAGAUUCCAACCAAAAUUUUGUGCUUGACUGAGGCUGUCACCAUUGAGGAAUUGAUGAAUGAUGGAGAAUAUGAAGAAAUACUUGAAGACAUGAAGGAAGAAUGCCAGAAAUUUGGGGAUCUAAUUAAUGUUGUUAUUCCUCGUCCUAUCCCUGAUGGUACAAAAUAUGAAGGUAUUGGGAAGGUGUUUCUGGAAUACUCUGAUGCUGCCGGUUGUACCAAGGCAAAGGCUGCCCUUAGUGGCCGGAAAUUCGGAGGCAACAGUGUGGUUGUUUUGUAUUAUCCAGAAGAUAAAUAUUACGACGGGGAUUAUUCUGCAUGAUUUGUAUCUAUGCUACACUGAUAUAAGAUGAGCAUAUCAUUAAUUAGUAUUUGUCAUGUCUUUAUUUUGUGAUGAUAAAAAUAUGUUGGUCUUUACUUGAUCCAAUUGAUUUCAGACGGUACAAGUUAGAAACUGAGUUGCUAAUGAAUUAUAGUGAUAACAGAACUUGGGUAUUUGUGGAGGUUCUAGUAUUUUGAAAGUUUGAACAAGUUUUCUUUUAUUGGGAGAAAUUGUCUCAAUUGAAAAAAUGAGUUUGAAGGUGGAAAAUAUAUUUGAUGAAAGAAUCAAUUAUUUUUCAGAA